CCUGCGCCCAGCUGAAACGCGCACAGAGCGGCUAUUGUUAGCCGGGCAGCCCGCAGGUUGCCUCUCUCAUGCACUUGAUCCCCGGCUACCUGUUGCGCGGUUCCCGCAGUCUUUCGAUCCCCUGCAAAAGUCGCUGUUUCCGAGCGAGCCGCAGCCAGGUGAGCGACGGAAAAUUCUCAUCGGGGAAAAGAAGCGAAGUUAAGCAAGACGGAAACGGGGAGGCAAAAAAAACGAGAUCACAACAGGUUCCAAUGUUUUAGCGGUUUGACGUGCUAACGAGACGCGUAAAAAUGCCGCUGGGCCCGUGGAGGAAGAAAAACAAGUCGCCCAAGGAGCACCUGGUGGACAACGAGGAGGUCGGCGGCGGCCACCACGCAGGCGCGACUGGCUCUCUGCUCGCCGGCAACAAGUUGGCGUCGAACGACGCCGUGGGGUUGCCGCCGCCUCCUGCCAACCUGCGGCCCAAACUGGUCUUUCACACGCAGUUGGCCCACGGCAGCCCCACCGGAAGAAUCGAGGGCUUCUCCAACGUCAAGGAGCUGUACGCCAAGAUUGCAGACGCCUUUAAUAUCAGCCCACCCGAAAUCCUCUUCUGCACACUCAACACACACAAGAUCGACAUGGACAAGCUGCUGGGCGGCCAGAUCGGCUUGGAGGACUUCAUCUUCGCCCACGUCCGGGGCAUCAAGAAGGAGGUGGAGGUGUUCAAGUCGGAGGACGCGCUAGGCCUCACUAUCACAGACAACGGCGCGGGGUUUGCCUUCAUCAAGCGCAUUAAAGAGGGCAGCGUAGUGGACAAGGUGAAGGUGAUCUGCGUGGGCGACCACAUCGAGCGCAUCAACGGUUGCAACAUCGUGGGCACGCGCCACUAUGAGGUGGCCCGCAUGCUCAAGGAGCUUCCCAGGAACGAGACUUUCACCCUCAAGCUGGUGGAGCCCAUGAAAUCCUUUGAAAUGCUGGAGCCGAGGUCCAAAGGCGCCAAGCCCAGCGGCGACAGCAAAAUUGUGAACGGCAAGGGAACGCUGAGACUUCGCGCCAAGGGCCCCGCGACAGUGGAGGACGAGCCGACGGAGUUUGAAGAGAAAGCGGUGAAGAAGGUGGAUGACCUGCUGGAGAGCUACAUGGGAAUCAGAGACACAGAACUUGCGGCCACCAUGGUGGAGGUGGGCCGUGACAAGAACAAUCCUGACGAGUUCGCCAUGGCGCUGGACGAGACCCUCGGCGAUUUCGCCUUCCCGGAUGAGUUUGUCUUUGACGUCUGGGGCGCCAUCGGAGAUGCCAAGCAGGGAAGGUUCUAGGUUGACAACCCGCCCUUGAAAAACACACAUGCACAAGUGAGUCUCUGUGAUGCUUUGGCGAAGUGCAUGGGACUCUUCUCCUGCCUAAACACGUAAUAGCGGUGUCAUUUUUAAUACCACUUUUUUUAAUAGUUUUUUAAUAUAUACAUAUAGUGAUCACGCUGAUUUGUCAGCUGUAAUUUUAGCAAUUUAUUUGCGUUUGGUCGCUUUCAACGGGACAUAGUAUGUUAAAUGGACUUUUUUAAUUGCUUGUACACAAACAGUUGGGUGAUCCAUGUGAAAUUAAACAAACAAGUAAAUAUUU